AUGAAUGCAGUGACAACGAGUAGUUACAUUCAGAGGUACAUCAGAAACAUAAUUCUAGAUUACCUCGGAACAGAAGCUUUGAAAAAUCAGCUUCUCGAAAAAAUUGAGAUGGUAUUCGAAUUAACGUUGAUGGAGUUAUUUGGUUAUGAUUCUUCGAAAUCAUCAAAAUUCCUUAGUAAGAUGUUCACCGACUUCUUUUCAGGUCUUAUGACCUUUCCCGUAAACAUUCCUGGCACUGCUUUCCACCGAUGUAUGAAGAACCGAAAAAAGGCUUUAGAGCUUAUGAAGGAUAUUCUGCAUGAGAGAAUCAAUUCACAAGGGAAGCGCCGGUGUGAUUUUAUUGAUCAACUCAUAGAGGACAUGAAAAAGGAGGAUUUCUUGACGGAAGAUUUUGUGGUUUAUAUGAUGUUUGGGCUUCAACUUGCCAGUUUUAUGUCUAUUUCUGCGAACCUGACAACAGCUGUAAGGUUAAUGACAGAGAAUCCUUUAGUGAACAAGGAAGUAAAGGAAGAGCAUGAAGCAAGUUUUAGAAGAAAGGAAAAUGUGGAUGCUUCACUUACAUGGAAAGAUUUUAAAUCGAUGGCUUUUACAUCUCAGGUACUCAAUGAAACAUUUAGGAUGGCCAACAUUGCCCCAGGGAUUCCUAGGAGGGUGAUCAAAGAUAUCCAUAUAAACGGAUAUGUAAUCCCAAAAGGAUGGACACUUAUGGUUGUUGCUACGGCUAUUCACAUGAACCCUAAAAAGUUUGAUGAUCCUCAUAUCUUUAAUCCAUGGAGAUGGAAUAAAAUAUGA